UUCCCAUUUCUCUAAUAUAUCUGCCGCAUGGAAAAGAACAACAUACCCAUUUCCCGGAAUGUUAAAAAUAAAAAAAUAAAUCUAAUUCAUUUCCUCGCACAGUAGGUGGCGGCAAUACACCAAUAGGCUGUAGUAGUCUGUCAUUUAAGCUUAAAGAAGAAGAAGAAGAAGAAGAAGAAGAAAUAACACACUAGAUAGCUAGCUACCAACCAUUGUGUGAAAAUGUCUAAUAUAGAGUUGUUGAGAUUGAUUUUCAACGAACGAUUUAGAGCGUGUCCGAAACUAUUCAGAGCUGUUGAAAAGACCAUAACAGAGUACCAGGAAAAUGUUUCCACAUCGAAAGAGGAGAACGACUGUGUAAAGAGGCUGCUUGAUUUCAUCCUUCUACCAGAGAUACAGUUACAUAGAGCAGAUCUCCAGAAAACCACAGUCUCUGAAGAGGAGGUUUACCUUGAGCAGAACCAUUGUGAACAAGAAUGUAGCCUCAGUCUGGAGCAGGACUCAAAACCCACACAGAUUAAAGAGGAACAGGAGGAACUUAUGACCAGCCAUGGAGAAGAGCCAUUUCAAGAGCUGAAGAAUGAUAAAGACUCUGUAUUCAUUCCUUUCAGUGUGAAAAGUGAGUAUGACGAGUCCUCACAUUUGAGCAUAACCCGAAGUAAAGAAUACAAAGACCGAGACCCCUCCACUAAACAGAUCAAAACUGAACCUGGGGAAGAGGACUCAUCAGAACUAGCCAGUGACUAUAAGCCCAUCACUGCAGUAAAUCCAGCCUGUUCUGCAGCUCAGGGUGAAAAUAGUGAAGUUAUUGACUGGAAUGAGAGUGAGGGACCUCUGUCCGCUUUGAAGACGCGGAAAUCAAAAAGGAUGCGGACAGAAAAAGUACAAAGCUCCCUUAUCAGCUCUAAGGGCAGGAAAUCCGUGGUGUCCCAUCUGAAAUCACCUAUCAGGUCCAACUCUAAACAAAUUACCCAUAUGAGGAGCUACCUAGAGGAGAAAUUGCAUCGCUGUCAGGAUUGUGGAAAAUGUUUUGCUCGAGGUGGAGUUCUGAAAAGGCAUAUGAGGAUCCACACAGGGGAGAAGCCGUAUUGCUGUCAUGAUUGUGGCAAAGCAUUCACCCGAAGUGAUUAUAUGAAAAGGCAUAUGAGGAGCCACACAGGGGAGAAGCCGUAUUGCUGCCAUGAUUGUGGCAGAGCAUUCACUCGAAGGGAUUGCAUGACACGGCAUAUGAGGAGCCACACCGGGGAGAAGCCAUAUUGCUGCCAUGAUUGUGGCAAAGCAUUCACACAUGACACAACAUGUGAGGAGCCACACGGGGGAGAAUCUGUAUUGCUGCCAUGAUUGUGGCAAAGCAUUCACUAGGAGUACACACAUGACACAGCACAUGAGGAGCCACACGGGAGAAAUCGCAUUGCUGUCAUCAUUGUGGAAAAUGUUUUUCUCAAAAGGGAAAUCUGAAAUCUCAUAUGAAGAGCCAUACAGGAGACAAACCACAUCCAUGUCAUCUUUGUAACAAACAUUUUACUGAAAGAAGUCAUCUGAAAGUCCAUAUGAGGGUUCAUACGGGUGAUAAAUAAUUUCGCUGACAGGAUUGUGACAAAUGUUUUACUCAGCAAUCCAAUGUGAAUAAGCAUAUAAUGAAAUGGCAUAUGAGGAGUCACAGAGGGGAAGAAACCACAUUACUGCUAAAAUAGUAGCAAAUCUUUCACCACUGGUUUGGGAUUGAUGCUUCAAAACAAAUGAAACCCUAAGAGGAUGCAUGGAGAGAAUGCACAAAACAUGACUGUACCCUGUGUGGGCAUCAGACAGAAGAUUGAGAGGUACAUGUUUCAACUUCCAAGUGGAGACACGGUUCUUGUGGGGGUCUGAAUAAAUUAAUGAUUAAUCUCUGAGAAUAUUGCAUGAUGCCCACAUAGUUGUCUAACAGAGAGAAAUUUGAGGAUUUUUUUGCAACAGGAGUCCCUGCUCAUUAGUUUGACAUACAGGAUAUUUGACUGCAGUCCUCUGUAGAUGCUACUUGAACUCAUCAAUUCACUGCAUUAUUUGAUGUCUGUCCUACUGACCUUGGGAAACUGGUGGGAAUCAAAAAUCACCUCCACUACAUUCGGACGUUUGAUUUUGACUCCAGCAUAAAAAUGUAUAUAAAAUGUUAGCAUAUCAAAAUGAUGAUGUGAAAAAUGAAGGCAGAACCUCAAUGGUUAAGGAGAGAUUAGUAUUGGGGGAUGAGAAAUAAAGUUGACACUUAAAGAUUCUCCUUUUCUUUUCUAAAGUAGGUAUCUCUUUUUAUCUUUAUGUUAGGAAUAUUCUUUGAAACAUUUAAAUAAACAAUUGAUUUUGUUUAUUUGACUGGGCAUGAAAACUAAAAUCCAUGUCAUGCAUGGAUGAGGGACUUUUAUAAAGUAAAAAUACUUUGAAGUACUACUUUUUAUAUUUUUGACAACUUUUAGAUUUACUCCACUACUUUUGUAAAGAAAAUAAUGUACUUUCUAUUCCAUACAUUUUCCCUGACACCCAAAAGUACUCUUUACAUUUUGAA